AUGGAGCUGUUGAACAAAACUGACCUUUACCCCCUCACCUUCAUCCUGAUGGGCAUUCCUAGCCUGGAGACAGCCCAUGCCUGGAUCUCCAUCCCCUUCUGCACCACUUAUGUAAUAGCCAUCUUGGGAAACUUUAUCAUCCUUUUCAUUGUGAAGAGGGAGCCAAAACUCCAUGAGCCCAUGUACUAUUUCCUCUGCAUGUUGGCCGUCACUGACCUGGUCCUGUCUACGUCCAUCUUGCCCAAAAUGUUGGCAAUCUUCUGGUUCAAUUCCAAGGAGAUCCUUUUCAAUGCCUGCCUCAUGCAGAUGUACUUCAUUCACUGCUUUACCGUGAUAGAGUCAGGACUCUUUUCGGCCAUGGCUCUGGAUCGUUACGUGGCCAUCUGCCAUCCGCUGAGACAUUCGACCAUCCUGUCGAUCCCUGUGGUGGCCAAGAUCGGUUUGGCAGUGAUGUUGCGCGGCUGCACAGUCACGCUGCCAUAUCCCUUCCUGGCAAGAAGGUUGCUGUACUGCCAAACCAACAUCAUCCCCCACUCCUACUGCGAGCAUAUCGCUGUGGCGAAACUGGCCUGUGCUGACAUACGUGUCAAUAACUACUAUGGUCUGUUUGUGGUCUUCGCUAUGAUGGGUGUGGAUAUCAUUUUCAUCACUGUGUCCUAUGUUCUUAUCCUCAGGGCCAUCUUCAGUCUCCCCACAACGGCCGCCCGGCUCAAGACUUUUGAGACUUGUGGUUCCCACCUGUGUGCCAUUUUAUCCUUUUACAUCCCUUCUCUUUUCUCCUUUCUCGCACACCGCUUUGGCCACAAUGUGCCCCUCAGCUUCCACAUUCUCCUUGCCAACGUGUACCUCCUGGUGCCUCCUAUGCUGAACCCCAUCAUCUACGGGGUGAAGACCAAACAGAUCCGGGACAGGCUGCUCCGUCUCUUCAUUCAUAAAGGGACUUAA